AUGGCUCUUGAUGAAUUGCCCGUCCACAAGCUCAGCCUCCAUCCCCCUUCCCUCCCAGCACUUGUUGAUAUCAUAUCCUCUGGUCUCUCCUCCAACUUUGCACAUUCGUCAUGCACGGUCGACACCCCUCCGGACCUGACCCUCCCACCAUACCAUCUCGCCGGCCCAGGUCUGACCGGAUCUACACGAAUCGUCGAUAUUGGUGGACCUCCAAAUCUCUCUCCCCUGCCAGAUAAGACCAAGAAGUACAAUCUCCGCUCUAUCGCUCGCCAGGCUGAGAUGUCCUCUUCCUCGGGCUUCCUUCUCGGCGCAGGAGCAGGUCCUUUCCAUGUUCUAGGCCAGAACUCCGAGCUGAUGCCCAAUCUUGCCUACGGCGUCGCUGCAGGCACAAGAGAUUCGCAAAAUGUUCGCAAUCGGACGCAUUACGCCAAGAUUACAGGAGCGAACUCGGUAUGUUGCGCUCAUGUGCCAGACGACACAGCAGAUUUCGCCUUCAUGUGCAAUCUAUUCUGCUCGGAUGGAGUACCUGGGCCCUGUCUUCAUGUGACUGCCAGAUCUCGAACAGGUCCCCUCAAUUUCACAGAGACGAUCCAGAAGGCUUUGCAGGACGCUUAUGGUGGCAAGCUCCUGUCCAUUGGAGGCGUUUUCCUAAUCAAGAGAGGCGUUGCGAACCUGCAUGUAAUGCCUGACUUCUCUUCAGAGCCUUUGAAGUCUAGAAAGGAUGUGGAAGAGUGGAUACGGUAUUUCGACAUGAAAUUUGCUAGCGAUGGCAAGCCAGAAGACGGGCCAUUGGUUUGUCUGAGCGUCUUCCAUUCUGGUGAUGACACCGGCUUGGAUUUGAGGAUGGAGCACACACAUUGCUUCACAGUCAGUGUUGACGGUAAUCUCGAUGGAAACGCGGCUAAGGAGACGGCCAAAGGCGGACACUACCACUAUGACCUGGAUGAUACAAAGGAAGAAAUUGAAUAUGAGGGCUGGUUUAAUGUCGCGGAAUAUCUGUAUCGAAUCGACCAGCCUGGUAAGUGA